CCGCAACAUGGAAGGAAUGGGUAACGACUCCUCUCCCUCCCUCGGCCAGUACGAGGCUCUCUCCAACCUCUGCGGUCGACGCUUCUGGGACCCAAGGCAAGCAUGGGACACGGAGGACCCUGUGCUGGGUGUGUGCGUGGAGAGGACAGUCCUGGUGUGGGUCCCUUGUUUUCUCCUGUGGGUUUUCUCUCCUCUAUACCUGUCGUUCUCAGGAAUACAACUCAAAGAUCCAUUCCUUGGACGACCCUCGGCGUGGUCAAAGUGGUGUUAUCGAGUGUGACGAUAUCAGCAGCGGUAGCGGAGGUGGUGUGGGCCCUUGUUGUGCGGGGCAGCGGCCAUUCUCUAGCCUUUAAUGACUUU